AUGCCCGCGAACGACCCUGGUGGGCGAGAGCGUUCGAAGCGUCGAUCGCGAUUAUUCGGCGACGAGGAUGUCGACGUCGAUGCCGUCCCGAUCGAGGUGACGACGGCUAGCGACGCUGCGCACGAGGAGACGACGGCCGGCGAAGCUGCACACGAUGAUGGUGUUCUCGAUGAUGACGAAAUCGGCGGAGUCGUCGAUGAUGCUGUCGCAGAGGGUGAAGCGAACGUCAUGCACGACGCGAUUGAUACGGAUGACGACGUUCGCGAGGCUUCAUCGUCCUCCGCGGUCGUCUUGGAUGACGACGCCCGUUCAGACUCGGCGCGAGAGUGUUCGUCCGUCUCGGCGUCGGCGAGCGGAACCGAAGCCGAGCGCUUGCGAUUCGGAACGUCGUUGUCGCAGGUCUACCGAUUCAAAGAUGGCGAGUACGUCGCCGUGGGCGCGGCCGGAUUGGCUAUUUUAGACUGCGCGUCGGCGAGCAAGCGAAGUUUGCUCGUUUACGACGUCGAAAAACGACCGCUCGUACGACGAGUCAUCGACGCGCGUCUGACGUGCGAGCUGCAGAGAGAUAAUUACGUGACGAUUCAUCACGACGACGCGAUUUUAUUCAGCGCUUUAACGCGUGACGAGAGCGAUUGGCUGGCGGUGGCGGCGCAAAUCACCAUCGCGCAGUUUGUCGCGCGUCGCGAGAGCCUCGAGGCAAUCGUCUUAGAUAUUAGCACAGAGAAAUCUUCUUCAAGCGGUGGUGCGACUUUGGAAAAGGGUGAUAGCGUGCAGCUGAACUAUGAAGCCGUCCGAGGUGGUUUACCGCCGGCGAGCGAGCCGUAUGACUUUUUGGCGUUGCAGUUGUUCGACGAAACGUCGAAGCGCGUCGCGGGUUUGAAAGUGAAACGAAUCGGCGACGACGAUUCGGGCUUACCCGAAGCGCUCGCACGCGGUAUCAUCGGUUGUCGAAAGGACUGUCGACGACUGAUCCUCGCGCCCGAGACUGAAACAGACUUUGUGCUCUACGACGUCACGGUUUUGCGAAUGAAGAAGCCUUCGGCUAAAGAUGGAAAAGAGGCAGCUGUUUCAGGUGCGAAGAGCGUUGACGAACACCUCACGGACGCAACCGCGAUGAACGAACGAACGGCGCGAGUCGCGCAUUCGAGUGCCGAGGCCACUGACGCAGCAAGCGCCGGAACCACCACAACCACCGGAACCACCGAGGACUCCGAACGCCGCGCAGUUCGUCGGAACGCCCGCCGCCGCCGCAAUGGUGGAUGUACAACCAGCCGCCCGCGGCGAUGCCGUACGCGAUGCCCGCCGAUGCCUACAGCGUUGAACACACCCGACCAGACGCUUGUAUCCGACGUCCGGCGUGCCGUCGCGUCGCUCGCCGAGGAUGUUGCGUCGCUCGCCGUACGUACCCGUACCGGUGGCGCCUGGAUUCCUCCGAAGCCCGAAGGCGAGUUCAAGCACGCCAUCGAGGCGCUUCACAAGGCGCGACGCGUCGUCAUGCUUCCUAAAAUUGAAGCGGAUGCGCUGUCGAUCGGCGACGUGAAGCAGCUGACGGCUGAGGCCGAACGACUGGGUGAAAUGCAUGACGAACUUAGAGCAAUCAGAAAGUAG